AUGGGUUCUGGAGCCAGUAACCAAACCGUUGGUGUCCCAGCCAAUCCUCGGGUUAUCUACUCUGAUGCUUUAGGGAAAAGGGAACGGAAGCGUCUGCGUAUUGAUGCUCCUGUCCUUGUAGACGUAGAACAUGGCUCUGUCCGCUAUAGAUACGGAAACAAAGAAUCAACAGAGAAUGCUGACCCCCAUAAAACCAAGGGUAAACCAUUCGAGGGCACAAAUCGGAUCAACAAAGACCACUAUUUCUAUCAUGCCAGACUCAACGACUUCAGCGAAAAGGGUUCUCGUGAAAAGGAAGAUGACUUCAAGUUUAUGUAUGUGCAAAAAGGCCCAAAUCGGGCCAAGGAGAAAAAGCUGUUUUAUGUGUAUGGAAAAGGAUGGAAUGCUAUGGAUGGACAAAGACGCUUGCCCUCGGAAACGAAACAGGAAGGAAGAGACUUUGCUUGGCCAUUGGAGACAAGAAUUCCUAAUGAUGUCUACUACAACCUGUCCUUUACCUUACAGGAUGCUGAGAUUGAGGACACACCAGAGGAUAGACUUGUGGUUGACCUAUCAUCCACUGCCAACAAGCAGACAAUAGAACUCACACUGACAGAUGCAGAUACAGCAAAAGAUAUACAGAAAAAGAUAGCUUACAAGAUUUUGAAGUCUGCCAAUAGUAUUCACAUCUGUCAUAAAGGAAAAGAACUCAGAGAUGAGGAUGUAAUUGGUGACCUGAGAGAAUCAGAAGAAGGCAGCUGGACAGUGUUCAAAGUGAAAAUGCAUCUGUUCUAAUGUUGUUGACACUCAUGUAAACAACUGGUCUCAAGAUACACUUGGUAAAUGUUGAAAUCUGCUGACAAAUAUUAUAUCUUCUAAAGAAGCAAAAG